AAAUUUCCCAGGAGACGCAGUGAGUUAUCUUUUUCUGGGAAAACGUCGACGCUGUAAACGGGAGUUCCCCGUUGACUGGCGUAACCCGCCCCGCAGAGUCCUAUCAUCUUUGUUAGUCCAGGGUCCACCCUUCGCUUGAACAGGACAGACAAAGUAAGUUUAAUGUAAAUAACUUUUAUAGGGUGUCAACAUUAGUUUAAUAAUAUAUGUAUUUUAUUGUUGAAUAAGUCUACAGUGUUUCUUUUACUUUGUGACACGAGUUACUUUAGGGUAUGCUGGAAGAGGUAGGAAUUUUCUUUUAACUUAUUAAGAGCAAUGUGUCCCAACCUAUUCUAUACUACAUAUUGCCUAUAGAUUGUCAGAUAAGUUUCGAACCCUCUAGGAAUUAUUUGAUUAUUCUCGCAAAACCUAAGAAUUGUUUGAUUAGUCUUGAACCCUCUACAAAUUAUUUCACUGGUCGUACACCACCCCCUUACAUAUUUUUAACUAUUUUUCCUUCCUCCCCCCCCCCUAUAAGUAACAGUGUAAUUUUAAAUAAUGAGCUUCAAAUUUAUUUAUUUAAUGAUACUAUACUUUUUAAAUAGAGGGGAGUCGUAAAGAAGUCGAGAUUACAAAUAUAUAAACCCUUUUAUAAUUGUAAAAAAACAACUAAUGUCUUGUCUUUUUUUUAAAAAAUCGCCUUUCCUCGAACCCCCUGAAAAGUCUUCAUGCACCCCACACCCCCCACCCCCCGGGAUGCGAGCGACCCAUCGUGGAAACCCCGAUUAAUAGGCAGCCAACCUUGUAGAUUCAUUUAUAAAUUCAGUACUCGAAAAAUUUUGAUUUUAUUGUAUCAGCAAUAGAAAUUAUUUUCAAAAUCUCUUUGGGUCCAUUAAAAGUCGGAGGCACCCUGCAUACCCAGGGGUUGUAAGACUCAAACGACUGCUUUAACUAUGAGUCAUCCUGCAGCCCCAGGGGCUGCAAGUCCCACUUGACGGCUCUGACUAGAAGACACCCGGUAGCCCCAGGGGCUGCAAGUCCCACUUGACGGCUCUGACUAGAAGACACCCGGUAGCCCCAGGGGCUGCAAGUCCCACUUGACGGCUCUGACUAGAAGACACCCGGUAGCCCCAGGGGCUGCAAGUCCCACUUGACGGCUCUGACUAGAAGACACCCUGUAGCCCCAGGGGCUGCAAGUCCCACUUGACGGCUCUGACUAGAAGACACCCGGUAGCUCCAGGGGCUGCAAGUCCCAUUUGACGGCUCUGACUAGAAGGCACCCGGUAGCCCCAGGGGCUGCAAGUCCCACUUGACGGCUCUGACUGGAAGACACCCGGUAGCCCCAGGGGCUGUAAGUCCCACUUGACGGCUCUGACUAGAAGACACCCUGUAGCCCCAGGGGCUGCAAGUCCCACUUGACGGCUCUGACUAGAAGACACCCGGUAGCCCCAGGGGCUGCAAGUCCCACUUGAUGGCUCUGACUAUGAGACACCCUGUAGCCCCAGGGGUUGCCAAGACCCACACGAUAGCUAGAACAGUGAGUCUUUUUAGGAAUGCGGGCUUUAAAAUGAGCGAUUCGUUAGCGAUAGAUGCAUUUGUUAUAAUAAUUGAGGUGUCAAGGUUAAGGUGUCUUACAAUACUUGAUUCAAUCACAUUCGCAGAAAAUUAGUCAGACUUUAAAGGAUACGGUGUAUCACUCGAGGGCUCAGACUAAUGGAUGUUGAUGGAAGUGCUGCUGAUCUCUAAAAAAUAUUUUGGGGUCUUUUCAACUAAUUAGUUGUCAGGAAACGCGUCCCUGUGUCGCUGCUCUUUUUCUUCUUAACCAAUCUGACACGAUCAAAAAAUAUAAUGGAGAUAAGCCCACUUUAGUUAGAUAAAGUCUUUGUUACUUUAAAAGAAAAUUCUUUGAUUAGACGAAACAAGGGAUUUUCUUUUUAAUUGCAGGCGCAUACUAUUAAAUAUUAUAAAGAAGGGAUCCUUACAGUUUAGCCCGAGCAUCAUAUCCUUAACCCAGCCUUGUUGGCCGUCGUACGUAGGCCUGAGUAACAGUGAACAAAUAUAGACUCGGACGUAGAACCAUAUAUUUAGCCUAAAGUGAGACCAUAGUUCCAAAAGAAAUAGUAAUAACUGUAUGUUUAGUAAAAGCAUUCUCUAUUUUAAAUGGCGUUUUGUUUUGUUAGUAUUCUUUAUUUUUGGUUUUCACAACUGAUAAGCAACGUGUAUUCGUUCAUUUCUUUCACAACGGCCCCUAACAGUGUUUAGGGGAACUGAUGAAAGAGAUUGAUAAACGCUGAUCUAUGUUCUUAUCGCAGUGAAAACUUAUUAUCAUUACAUCGCUGAAAAAAAACACGAUUUCGUGACAGUUAGCAUAUAUAUAUAUAUAAGGGUUGGGGGGGGGUUGAUAACUUCUUUGUUCUUAUCGCAGUGAAAACUUAUUAUCAUUACAUCGCUGAAAAAAAACACGAUUUCGUGACAGUUAGCAUAUAUAUAUAUAUAAGGGUUGGGGGGGGGGGUUGAUAACUUCUUAAAUAGAUGAUGAAUAUAAUUUAAAUAUUAAUUCAAUUCAUCAAAGCCUUCAGAUCACACUCUAUUUUGAAAAUCUUUUAAUGCGAAAUAAUUUUUGUAAUCGAAGAAAAUCAUUUGGUCCCAUCGAAACUUAUUUUAGUGCUACAUUUAUCUGAUCCCUGGCUUUUUUAUGCUUUUUGAUGGUUUCAUCACAUACUUCUGCCAACAUUUUAUCCACACUAGUGUUAAUUCUGUAAACUUAUUCGUUUUUGUUAAUUAUAUUAGAAAAAAAAAUGGAGCUGGAAAUAAAUGUUGGGCCUGUACUACAUGUUCAUUCUUGGGAUUCUUUUAAGCCAGUGAGCUAUGGUGACAAAUGCUGUGUCGGAUCACAAGGAAAAAAAAAGAAUUACCAUAUGUUUUUUUCUUUCUUUUUAAACAAACAAAACAUAAUAUUUAAGAUAAUGAUUUUAUGGGGUUUUAAUUCAGCUGUAAAUAACUUUAUUUAGGGUAUGUCGAAGUUAUAUUUGGAAUUAAACGAAAUCAUAGAUGGAAAGUGAGUUUAAACAUAGAUCCUUUUAGAGCAUAAUUUAAAUUCGUAUCAACAUUUAUUAUUAAACUCAUUAGAAUGAAUUUGAAAACUGUGAACAAUUUGAAAGUUUAACUAUCUUUAUCCUUCACACAGCAUGUCUUCAGCUCCCGUAUCACGCGGCGACCUUGACCUCCUCCUUAUUGGUAAAACCGGAAAUGGGAAAAGUGCCACAGGAAACACAAUUCUGCGGAGAAAGGCUUUCAAGUGUGUCCCCAACGCAACCUCCGUGACCAAAAAGACGCAGUCAGAAUACUCAAAAGUUCACGGCCGGGUGAUUAAGGUCGUCGAUGGUCCAGGCGUCGGUGACACUGACAUGAACGAAGAGGACGCUCUCAAACUGGUGAUAGACACCGUCCAGCAGGCGAUUGCGGCCAACCCAGACGGGUACCACGCGUUCCUCCUUGUCGUCAGGUUCGGCGGCAGGUUUACAAAAGAGGACAGCCAGACCAUCAAGCUGCUCAAGGGUGUCUUCGGUGACGACUUCGUCAGCAAAUAUUGUAUCUUAGUAGUGACCUGCGGAGACAAUUACGACCCUGAAGAGACAGGCUACGACCUGUUCGAAGAUUGGUGUCGUUUUCAGAGCGGCGUUUUCAAAGAACUGGUUGUAGAAUGCAACAAUCGCGUCAUUUUGUUUGAUAACAGAACCAAGAACGAGGCUAAGUUAACUGAACAACACAACCGCUUGCUUAGCCUGGUCGACGGCCUUAGUGCUCUUGGGUUGAGGUACAGUGGAAAGCAAUUUCAGUUGGCGCAGAAGCAGCGAGACAGACUUCUGGUCGACGCAAGAGUGCCGAUGAUACGCGAAGAGAGUUUCAGAGAGACGAGCUUGAUUCUUCAACAGCUGGGCCAGGUGCAGAUGGAAGAGCCGGAAAAACAGAUCCCUCAGUUGGAAGAAAUGAAAGAACGCAUAGAGGCUGUCCGCACGAGCAUAAUGAAUGAGGACAAAAGUACCGGGGCUUUGAAUUCUGUCAUUAAAAAUGUUGAAAACAUCAAGACGUGCGUGACUGACCAGCUGACCAAUGCCCAUAGCGCCAUUGAGAUUAAGCAGAGACAGGAAAAACAGAAGCAGAAGAUCGAGAGACUCCGAGUGGAAAGAGAAGAGAAACAAAGGGCUUUGGACGAGGAGCAGAGAAAGGAACUCGAAGAACGGAUCGCCUUGAUGGAGGAGGAGCGCGAGAAGAAUGAAGAAGAGAUGCAGCAGAUGAUGAGGUCCCAGGUCGCGUUAAGAAAUAGAGCCCAAAACCUGGAAGACGAAUACAGAAGCGCGAAGGAAGACAACACAAUUGCAAUCCUCGGCAUGAUUGGUCGAGCUCUCGUGGACCAUGUGCUGCCAUUGGUCAUGGGGAUUUUUCAGAAGGAUGAUGACGAAGAUGGCGCAGCGAAACGAAAACCCAGACGUCCAUAGAAUGAUGCACUUUUUCUGAUCCACAAGGUUUAAGAGAAAGGAAAAAAAAAAAGGUUUUCAAGUUGCAGAGGUGUUUGUUUCCUGACAUGAUAAUGAACAUGUCUGACACCUUAACCCCUAAACACAGGAAACCAACGAUUUACUUAACGAUGGGCCAGACAUUUGGACAUUUUGUUUUUAACAUUUCUGAUUUUUCUUUCAAAGGUCCUGUAGUUGAUUAUCUGAUGUUAUUAAUUUUCACAUUUUCGUUCCAGACACAAAAUCAUUUGGGGACAUUUUUCUUGUCGUUGUACGAUCACACGAACUUGAUUUGAAACAUAUUCACAGCGUUAAGGACCUUACAUUGUUAAUGGCAUUAGGGCGUGGUGAAAGUUAAGCUACAAAAAAAAAAAAAAAUUAAAAAAAAAAAAAA